CAUAAAUGCUCUUUUCACACUCUUUCUUCUGCACUUGUCAUUACCACUUACACGUAAAAAAUUUAAAAAAAGAAAAAAGAAACCCCAGCAUUUAUAACUCUCUUCUCCAUUAUUUGGACAAGAUUUUCCUUUCAAUGAUGAUUCAAUUCUCUCAAUGUGGUUUCCUUCUUCUGUACCAAAGAACCAGCAUUUAUUGCCAAUGACAACUUUAAAGGCUCAUAGGCCCCCCUACUCUGCUCUUUGUCCUGCUCUUUACUUCACCACAUCAAUAAUCUGAUCUGAAAGCAUUUUGAAAGUUUGGUUCUGAUCCUGGUUGAGGAUUAAAAGGAAGACACACAGAGAGAAAUGGGAAGAACACCAUGUUGUGACAAGAAGGGCUUGAAGAAAGGGCCAUGGACUGCUGAAGAAGAUGAGACUCUUGUUGAAUAUAUCAAGAAAAAUAAUGGCCAUGGAAGCUGGCGUUCUCUACCUAAGCUGGCAGGUCUUCUUCGUUGUGGGAAGAGCUGCAGGCUUAGGUGGACAAACUAUCUUAGACCAGACAUUAAAAGAGGGCCAUUUACUCAAGAUGAAGAGAAGCUUAUCAUCCAGCUUCAUGGCAUGCUUGGAAAUAGGUGGGCUGCUAUAGCUUCUCAACUUCCAGGAAGAACUGAUAACGAGAUCAAGAACCUAUGGAACACUCACUUGAAGAAACGUCUACUCUGCAUGGGACUAGACCCUCUAACUCACGAACCCUUCAACUCAAAUUCUCAUUAUCCACCCACUGCUUCUUCCCCUGCUUCUCCCACAACACGGCACAUGGCGCAGUGGGAGAGCGCAAGGCUCGAAGCCGAGGCGCGCCUCUCAAAGGAGUCAACCCUCUUUACUACUUCUUCUACUACUCAACCUUUCACAACAAAAUCCAAUGACUCUGACUUCUUCCUACGCUUGUGGAACUCUGAUGUGGGAGACUCAUUCCGAAAGGUAGCAGGAGUAGCUAUCAAAGAUGAAAAAAUGGCUUGUUGUAGCCCAAUUUCGCAGGCUUCUGUUUCGGCCUUGACCACUGAGGGUGGCACGAACAGGACUGGAUUCGAUACUCCGGCUAAUGACCAAGCCGAAGACAUGGAUUGCAAGAGCUACCUCGUUAAGUACUGCCCCAACAAUGAAGAUGAUCAUCAUGUAGUGAUGGGUGCAGGCUCUGAUUCUUCGUGCUCGAAUGACAUGGAGGAUGAUUCAUCAGAUAGUUCUGCAUUGCAGCUGCUGUUAGACUUCCCCAUCAACAAUGACAUGAGCUUUUUGGAAGAGAAUUGCGGUGAUCAUUACGCCUCCGAUCACGCCAUGUUGUCUGAAAAUUCAUUCAUCUGUCAUCUCUAAAAAGCUUUUAGGCUUGCAAAAGUAGUUAGAUGUUAGGCCAUGUUGAUCACUGUUUUUUUGGUUUUUGGAUGUUCUUUUUGCAUUUUAAAGUGAGAAAGGAUUGGCACCACUGGUAGUACUAGUAAGUAACUAUGGUGAUUUUGGUUUAUGUAGUUGAGAGGUAGGGAGACAAUGGAGUCGUUAAUUAAUCUCAGGUCAACUAAUUAGGAUUGAGUUUUUAUGUAUAGACAAGACUUAUAUGUAUAAUAUUAUUAUUGAAAUUAUAUGAUAUUCUAGACUCUAA